AUGACGACGUCGGCGAGCGAGGUCUCGGUGUGCUCGCACCUGUUCACGGUGAAAGGCUACGCCCACACCAGGGGCAUCGGCGUGGGCAGCGCCAUCGAGUCGCCGGCGUUCGACGCGGCCGGCCACCGCUGGUCCGUCGCGUUCUUCCCGGACGGCGACGAACAGGACUCGAGGGGGCACAUCUCCGUCUACAUCAAGCUCGUCGGCGGCACCGGAGACGCCACCGUGCUCUACGGCUUCAGCCUCGUCGACCCGACCGGCGCCGCGCCGGACCCGGAGGCCUCGAAUGUUGCCACGUUCCGGAGCGGAGCCUACAGGGGUAUCGACCGUUUCAUGGAGCACCAGACCUUCGAGGCGUCCCCGUACCUGCGGGACGACUGCUUCACCAUCAAGUGUGUCAUCGGCGCCGUCAAGGGGCCCGGUCCGCCGCCGCUGCCGGUGGCGGCCUCGGAGCUGCACCACGAUUUCGACCGACUUGUGGUGGACGGCGGCAGUUCGACGCCGACUGAGCAAGCCGUGCUGCUCUACUCAUCAGCAAGAUAA